AUGCCUUUUGGAUUAAUCAAUGCCUCUAACACGUUUAUGAGGCUAAUGAACCAUGUUCUUAGGGCUUAUAUAGGUCAUUUUGUUGUGGUAUACUUUGAUGAUAUCUUGAUUUACAGCAAAAGUUUAGAAGAGCAUGUAGAACAUCUUAGGAAGGUCUUAGAAGUGCUUAGGAAGGAAACCUUGUAUGCUAAUCUAAAGAAAUGCACUUUUGGAACAGAUAAUCUUGUCUUUUUAGGAUUUGUUGUGAGUGCAGAUGGAAUCAAGGUUGACGAGGAAAAGGUUAAAGCCAUCAAAGAUUGGCCAAGUCUAAAAUCUGUUGGAGAAGUGAGAAGUUUUCAUGGACUUGCGGGGUUCUAUAGGAGAAUUGGUAUUGGUGCUGUUCGUAUGCAGGAGAAAAGGCCUAUUGCAUUCUUUAGUGAGAAACUUGGAGGAGCUACAUUGAAUUAUCCUACAUAUGACAAGGAGCUUUAUGCGCUUGUGAGAGCUCUCCAAACAUGGCAACAUUAUCUCUGGCCUAAGGAGUUUGCCAUUCACACUGAUCACAAGUAUGUUCUCUUGAACUCUCUAGAGACUAAGCUACUCGGUUUCGAACAUAUCAAGAGUCUCUAUCCUACUGAUGCUGACUUUAAAGAUAUAUACGCUUCGUGUGAGAAGUUUGGAAGUGGAAAAUACUAUAGGGUUGAUGACUUUCUAUUCUAUGAAAGUCGUUUAUGUGUGCCUAACUCUUCUAUUAGAGAUCUCUUUGUCAAAGAAGCUCACGCAGGUGGACUAAUGGGUCAUUUUAGCGUUGCCAAAACUCUGAGUACAGUCCAAGAGCACUUUUAUUGGCCACAUAUGAAGAAAGAUAUCGAAAAAGCAUGUGAAAGUUGUGUUAUUGCAAGCAAGCUAAGGCUAAGAAACAACCCCACGGGGUUCAACCCCAUCUCACCUUUGGAUCUAAUGCCUUUACCUUUGAGUGAAAAAGUUAGUUUGGAUGGAAAGAAAAAGGCAGAACUUGUAAAGCAGAUCCAUGAAAAGGCAUGUAUCAACAUUGACAACAAGACAAAAUACUAUACCAAGCACGCCAACAAAGGCAGAAAGGAAGUGGUCUUUGAAGAAGGAGACAUGGUGUGGAUUUAUCUAAGGAAAGACAGAUUUCCCAAUGAAAGGAAGUAUAAGCUCAUGCCACGAAUUGAUGGGCCAUUCAAGAUCAUCAAGAAAAUCAAUAACAAUGCCUACCAGCUGAAUCUUCAAGAAGAUACAGAUUUGAGGUCAAAUCCUUUUCAAGUGGGAGAGGAAAAUAUGAUCAUGGCCGGCCUUGGAACUGAAGAAGCUAAUCGAGAAGAGGGAGAGCUUGAACCAGAGGUUACCGAAGCUAAAGAGGGAGACAAGGAGCAGCUGGAACCUGAGGAAGUAAAUGGAGAAGAAGAUCAUGACUUAUACCUUCCUCCCGGCCCAAUGACAAGAUCAAAGGCAAUAAAAUUCAAGCAAGCAUUUCACAAGCUACUACACUCUAUUCAGGGCAAUCUUAAGUGUGCUAAUCCAACUACACUGAUUGUGAUCCAAACCACUUAA